CUUACUGCAGCUUAGAUUUUAAGGUUGAUAUAAGUACUAAAUUAAGUUUUCGCUCGGCAAGGAUUACAUUACCAUUAGCCGGGGAUGGCCGCCAUAAUUCGGUUUUUUAGCAAAAGAUUUCGACGAAACACGUCUGCUCCUACACCAAGUCAUGUUGAUGAGCCUAUAUCUGUCAACAAAAGCAAGAAAGUUAAAAAGUCAGAUAUCGAAUGUAAAGUAGCUUAUCUUGAUGGCACUGAGCAAAGCUUCUAUGUUUCAAAAAGUGCUAAAGGAUCUGAAUUGUAUGAUAUAGCGUUUGCAUAUGUUGCACUCGUAGAAGAAAAAGACUACUUUGGUUUGCAAUUUUUUAACGAUGUUCCGAUGUGGCUGGAACCAACAAAGGGAAUCAAGAAACAGUAUAAAAGUUUGUUAUAGUUGCAUGUCUUCGAUUUAUGAGUAAAUGUGUUAGUUACACAUUGCUGUAUUCAGCUAUAGCUUUGUUAAUCCUUUUAGUCUUGUUAUUUAUGUUUUGGCUGCAUACUAAAUGUGUAUCUGUUAUCAUUGAUUGUUCCAACAACCGUAAUUUGGAAGUUAGAUUUUAAGGAUAGUAAUGAACAUACAAAUUUAUUAGUAUUGCUUUAUGUAGUUAUUUGUCAAAUCACAAAAAUAUUUUCUAUUGUACUCGCCAACCUUACUUUAUAGUCUUUUUUGAUCACAACAAGUUAUUAGCAGGUAUAUGAAUGUUAUAAGAUGACGAAUCGAUAGUUUCAAAGUGAAGCAUAAAGAAUUCGUAAUAUUCACUAAACAUAUUCGGGUAUACGUCGGAUUUUUCCGAAUUAAGUUAUUUGAAUUAGUGAUACGCCUAGUAGGCCAACUGUUUAAACUUUGACGGCGAGACUACAACUUGUGGAUGAAUCAACCACAUUUUAGGUAGCAGAUUUUGGCUCGAAUUUCAUUAACUUAUUUGUCUAAAUACCAUUUUGGCAGUAUAGGUGUUGUCUGUUUGUGAUAAAAACAUUAAAUUUAAUUUCCAACCCCAACAUUCAGCUGUAAAUCCCAGUCCUAAUAUACAACCCACAUGUAACCCUGGUAAUUAGAUGAACGUUCCAAGGUCAUUUUAGAAUUGCUCAAAGUUCAUCCAUAAAUUAUAGUCUUAUGGAUAAACUUACUAAGUGGUGAUUUAAAUUUUGCAACGUUCCCUCUCGGUUUUACUUUCUUCAAUGUUCAGUGUGUAGUUCAAGGUGCAUUUGUAAUCGCUUUCAACUUGUAAAGCUGUUUUUCAAGAAAAUACAUUCAUAUGUGUAAAAGCUUUUAUUUGGUCUGGUUUCAGACCAUAUGAUGCACAGUGUAAACGGGAGCAAAGCUUAUUUAUAUGUAUAUAUAGUUUGAAUGUCAAUCAAUAUUGAAUCCAUUGCUUUACUGCUUGAGUUAUAAAAGUAAGGAGACAGCCAUUCGCCAAUUGUCAGAUUUGAAUAUUGCAAACCUUCACGGUAUGGGUGGUAUUGUUCGCGAAAGAAUGAUGACCUUUUGUUUAACGAAUUACUGAGUAUCGGUAUAUAAAGCUGCCUUUAUAAAACAAAUACGACUUGGAAAUAUAACAAGUAAUCCGGAUAAUUUGAUCGAAUAUUUAUUUCUAGAUAGAGUUUGUUUGACGUCCUGGUGCCAACUUACGUCACCUUUGGCGAAGGCGAGAUAUCCGUCUAUCAAUAAAAGGACGAGUAUACUGCGCGGCAGUUCGUUCUGUUUUAAUUUACGGCAGCGAAACAUGGCCAUUAAGAGUAGAAGACACCCGUGAGCUACUAGUAUUUGACCACAGAUGCCUUAGAAAUAUUGCUGGCAUCUACUGGGAUCACCGGAUAGAACGUCAAUUUCGUUUUCUCUAAAAGUCAAAUUCUUUGCAUCUGAUCCACAUAACUUACACGAUGAGUAUACACGUUAUCUUGUUGUGUUGCAACUACGUGAAGAUAUAUACAAAGGAAAAUUAGUGUGCAAUGAUUUACAACUUGCAGCCGAACUGGCGGCAUUGCUUCUCCAAGGUGAAUUCGGUGAUUAUGAUGAGAAACAACAUACACCAGUUUUUGUUUCAACAUUUCGAUUUUUACCUGAAGAAAAACAAACAGAAGAGUUUGAACUUUCAGUGUUGGAUAAGUAUAAAGCUUUAGCUGGUCGAAAUUUAACACCAGCCGCUAGCGAAUCAAUUUAUUUAGAAAAAGUCUGCUUAUUACCCGAUUAUGGAGUUGAAAUGCAUACAGUAAAGGGUAAAGAUAAUCAAUUAUACUCGCUUGGACUUACACCAACUGGUAUUCUAGUAUAUGAAGGACAGAAUAAAAUUGGCUUAUUCUCUUGGCCAAAAAUUUUAAAGUUAGAAAUGAAAAAGAAUAAACUCAAAAUUUUAGUUGUCGAUGAAGAUGAGACAAGUCAUAAAAUCACAGAACAUGCAUUUUGUUUUGUUUUAACGGAUAAUAAAAUGUGUAAAAUCUUGUGGAAAAGUGCCGUAGAACAUCAUGCCUUCUUUCGUCUUACUGAUCGUGUCCCAGCGGAACCAAAACAGAAACAACUAUUUCGAUUAAGAUCACGUUUUCAUCCAUCAUUUCAUACGGAAUAUCAAUUGCAUAAUUUAAAUAUGUUUGGAAGCAGUAGUUUUCGUAAACGUAAAAAGGCCAAUCCUACUGUUGUCAGUAGUGCUCCAACGUCACCGAACCCAGCAAAACCAUCUUCUCCGGUACCAGGCAAAUCAAGUGUACAACCGAUUUGUGGUAGUAAAGGUACUUCGUCAAGUUUUCGUCGUGUACCAAGUAAACGUUUUACUUCAAGACCAAGUUUUGCUAAACGUGAAACUAUUGAAGAUAAACGUGAUAGACGUGAAAGACUGCUCCAAUCUAAAGAACAAACAAGAAAAGACUUUUUCAAUGAAAUGAAUAAAACAAAUAAUAGUCAUGAUUUGUCUCAUUCAAAUAAAUCUACUCAUCAUACUAUGAAAACGCAGGCUUCAACUGUAGUUGUACAUCGUGAACGUGAAAAUCCACCGAUAUCUAAAUUACCUCCUACAAAACCUUCACCUAUGCCUAAACCAAAUGCAAUUCCAAAUUCUGGUCAAUAUGGAUCGUUGAAUGCACCGAGUAAACCGCCAAGAAAGCUUGAAAUGAAAAAUAGUAUUUCCUAUAAAAAUAAUAAUACAACAAACAGUAGUAAUUUCGGAAUUUCAACUGGAUCGAAACAAUGUUUUGAACAUACCGUAUGAUUUUAUCUGACUGACUUAUUCACAAGACAUAUUCACAUAACCCGUCAACUCAGUCAACCAACCAUAUACACGUAGAAUAGAGUCAUUAUGCAACACAAAUUAUCGAUUUGACUUGAAAUAUAUAUAUAUGGAUAUCAUUACUAUUAAAUGUAAUUUUUUAAAUUUUUUUUUGGAAGAUAAUAAGAAUCUUGAACAUUGAACUCUUUGUUUGUUUUAAUAAUUCGAAUAUGAAUUUCAAUUUUUAAACUCAUUAAUAGAUAUGUAAAUUUAUUAUAAUAUUACUAAUAAACAGUAAACAUUUUAUAAUUCUGGUAUAAGCUGUAAAAUACCGAUCUGUUGUGUUAUAUAUUCAUCUAUUGUAUCAUUCCAUAAAGGAUUUUUACUUAUCUAAACACACACACAGGCAAACAACACGCAUUUUCAUUGUUUCAAUUAUUCCGCUAUAAUAUUUUUUGUUUGAUUCAAUGAACCCACAUUUUUUUAAAUCGAUGAUUUGUGAGAUCUUUUUUAAAGAGCACAUCGAUCUUAGUAUUUCUUUGAUAUGAAAUUAAGUUAAGAGGAUAACAGGAAAUGAAAUUUAUCCAUUUUUGAUUUGAAUCUUCAAUAGAUGUGAUGUACGUUUUGGUAAAAUAAAAAACAAACGAACAAACAAACAACAGCAAUACAAACAAUUGAAUAAUGAAUGAGUUUCUCAUUGUUUUGCUUUUUUCCUCCCAGUUCGUCUAAGUAAAUCUGAACUGUCACUGUUAGGGAUUAUUGAACAGAUGUGUUCGUUUAUGUAUAUUUCAGACUUUAAUUUAUA